GACUACGUUACCCAGAAUCCUCAGCUAAAAACAAGACGCCGCUACCAUCAGGAGCAGCAGCACGUGUUUUGCAAUGGCGACCUCCGCUAAAAAGACGGUAGCGACUUCUGAUGACAGCAGCAGUGACGACGAGCAGCUAAAAAGGUGCCGGGAGGCGGUGUGGGACACGCGAAGCGGCAAAAGCGCAGAUGAGGACAACAGUGUGAAACAGUCCAAACGCGUUGUCGUAGAUGACCAUGAACACGAUGGCAACGAGCUCCAGGUGACUCACGGGUUUCGAACACAUGUUGCCAAUAAGCUGGAACGGUUGCUUGACAGUUGCAUUACAGAGCUGCAGUGUAAAACCACAUCACGCGUGGAAUCAACAGCAUGUGAUGAUGAUGAUGAUGAUGAUGAGGGAUUUCGUCUGUUUUCAACAUCAAUCCCAGGAACGACUGUAGAGGAUCCUCCAGCCCCUGUGAGGCGUCGGCCUGUUCCCAGCUCAAGUGACAGUGACAGUGAGAUGGAAAGUCGGCUGCGAGAGGCAGCAGUGUCCCUCAAAGAUCUCCUGCCGCUGCCGACUCAGACUGCUACCGCUGCAGAGGCCUCCUGCUCAGAGACGACGGCGCCAAAGGAGGGAGAGGAGAGUCGCGCUGUUAAAAAGAAGAAGAAGAAAAGAAGGAAACCUAACAGAGAAGACGCUGCGCCGCUGGAUUCAUCUCUUAACAGUCAAAGCAAUGGGGAGCACGGGAGCCCAGAGCAGGAGCACACACAGGUCAAAGCAAAACGGAAAAAGAAGAAGAAGCGAAAAGAAAACGCAGAGGAAGAAGCUUAAUUUCUGGAAGCUUCAAUAUCCUGUGACUGACUCUGACGUUGACAUUUAUUAGGUGUUUGUCCACUUUUUUCACUCUCAAGCUUGAAGUUUGGUUUUUGAGCUAUUUGAGGACACCAUUUUUCAUUAAAAAAUAUAUAUAUACUA